AUGUUCAUUUCACUUUGUUCUGCAGUGAUAACUAUAGUUAUUUCACUUUGUAAAACUUUUUUGCCCUUUCCUUUAUUGAGCGGAAGAGGGUCGACGUCUAUAAGUAGAAUUUCGUCGUUGCUGUUGUUGGACAUGCUGCUUUCGGGUUCAACAGUUUGUAAAGUGUUUUGUUUCUUCUUUGGUUGUUGCUCUGGACAAAAAGUCUUAAAGAAAAAUAUUAAAGUCAUUCUAAAUCAAAAUAGUUUAACAUUAUAUAAGAGUGUGUCCUACUCUAACUAG